AUGUCCUCUGUCAUAUUGGACAGUGAAGCUUCGUUCCGUGAGAGAUGCAGUAAAAUAGGCCUCAGCAACGAUCUUCUCGGUAAGUUGAUUGAAGCCGGCUACAACACAUUUGGAAAGCUCGCUUUCGCCGCUUCUUCCACACCGCAGGGUUUGACAGACGAAGCUGUCGAUUCAUGGCUAGCCACUGUGGUCACCCCGUCUCCUGGUUCCUUUCAGGUUUCGGUGAUCCGUAGGUUGCUUUUUGAAUCGCAAUCACUCAAUGUGGCGGAUCUCAAAUCUAGGGUCGAAGGCACGCCGGAAGGUUCCGUGCGUCGCCUGCCCCAGGCCGAGAGAAAGGAGCGCAUCGAGGCGCAGCAUCGUAGGCUGUCGGGUCUCAUUCUGACUUCGCAUACCACUCCUGCGCACAGCUGUAUCGACCUUGUUACUGACAUGUACGAGAAUAACACACUCAAGUACAUUCCGAUUAACAGAUGGAUAUCCCGCUUCCAAGAAAUGUCUCUUCAGAAGAAGGAUUCUGCCGUUCAGAUGGACAACGAGGGCAACUUGAAGGUCGUCCAGAAAAAGCCGGAGCCUACGUGCGACACCACUGGCAUGUACCCUCUCCGGCAGGCCUUCCAGAGACGGUCGUUAGCAUUUGAUCUAGGUCACUUGUGCAGUUUUGAAGCAAUGGAAACAUGGAUCAACCAACUCUUCGAGGCAGUUCAGCGUACCGUGCCAAAGGGAUAUGUAGCAGUCAGCUUGGGACAAGUCGUUACGGCAGAUCGUGAGCUUUUUGUCCGGUUGGCCGACAAGCUUGAAGGACAAUUGCAGAAACCCAUAGGUGUGGAGAAACCCAUGGAUGCAGCUUUGCGUGACCUCUCGGGUAGCCAGGAGAUAAAUCAAUUUCUCCAGCCGAUGGUAGCUCCUCCUCCUGCACCACAUCCCACGAAGCGCCCUUUCAAGGAGAUUGCCACGCCUAACAAAGGCGACGGAAAGGGCAAGACAUCCACCAAGGGCGGCGAGAAAGGCGGUGGCAAGGCACCUCGUGUAACCAUUCCGGAUGGCUGUGUCCUCGCGCAGGCCAUUUUGGCCAGAGGGUCAGAGAUUACUAAGCAAGAUGUUGGUCAGAUUUUCGAUCUUUUGCCCAAGGAGAUCCCUUCUAGAGGAACCUCCUCGCAGCCUCCGAGCAGUUUCAGUUGUGGGGCCUACGCAAAGGGUGGAUUGCAGGGUCUUCGGAGUGAAUGUGCGCUGUUUCCAUCCUGCAUAAAGCUCCUCACUGCUUUUGUUCGCACCUUUUUGCCAGAGCAUUUCUUCACGACUAUCAGUUUGUUUCACAACACCAAAACCGAUUUGCAUGUCGAUUCUAGGAACCAUCGUACCCCCAACGGGGUCAUUGCCGUGACUUCUUUUCAAGGAGGUGGCAUCUGGAUUGCCGAUGGAUGCGGGCCUCACAAACGGACAAUCAAGGGUGACAUCGUGAAAGGCUCAAUCCUUAGCCUCGAGACCCCGAUCACUUUUGAUGCCUUCAAAUACCCUCACGAGACGGAAAGCUGGGUUGGCGAUAGAUUGGUUUGCGUGGCCUUCACUGAGCAGCCACCCGUGAAAUCAGACUCCUGGGUUUACGAGCUCUUCGCUGGCACUGCCCGCUUCAGCAAGGCCCCUAGACCUUUGCGAUCCGAUGAUUUCCCACUAGGCCUACCGUCACUGAAUGCAGCGUCUCAGCAGAGCCUUGCCGUGCGCAAGGACAAUGUACUGUAUCGCUUCGUUUACAAGCUUUUGCUACAUUGUUCUGCUUCAGGCAUCAAUGUCAGUGUCGAGAAUCCCCGGACUUCGCUUUUCUGGAAGGUUCUUCAGUGCUUUGCCGAGGCCGAGGGCUUGCUCUGGCCUCCGGCCGCCUUGGAGUACGUUGAUUUCGACCAGUGUUGUCAUGGUUCCGAUCGCCCGAAGUCCACUCGUUUCUUGUGCACUCGAGGCUUGUUCCACUCGCUUCGAGCUACUUGUCCAGGCAAUCACGAGCAUCGCCCGUGGGGCCUUGUGUUCCAUGAGCGUUCUAUGCAGUUGUCGUCUUCUUGCGUGUCGGCAUACCCCGUUCUGCUUUGCAAACGCAUGGCCUCCUGUCUGGAGAGCGCGGCUUUGUUCCUGGGUCUGUCUUUGCAGGCCUCUCCUGACCUGGCAGCCAACUCUGUUGCUGUUCUUGGUCGGCAGCACCGCCGAUUUCCCCCCUUGAUUCCUGAGUUUCGCAAGGUCACUUGGGAGCCGCCCUCUUUCCAGCCUGACGACUCUUGUCGCAUCCUUCUCUCUCAGAUUGCUGGGGAGGAUAGCGGGAGAGAGAAUGCAGCCGAGGACGCCGACAAGGAGGUGAACCCUCCUACAAAGCUCCCCAGAGUCGCAGAUAAGGUAGGGUGGUACUUGUCGAUGCAGGAUCACGUGGCAAAGGCCUUGACCUUAAAGCAUCCCGUCGACACUGCCGUAGCCCUUGAUCAGGAUCAGCUUGAUGCCAUCAGCUUCUGCAUGAAAAACACAGAGAAGGAGGUGGUAGAUCAUCGUAAGCUUCAACUCUUGAAGAUAAAGAUCCUCGCCAAAAAGUUUGAGGCCGACGAGGCUCGAUUGCAUUCUUCUUUCGACCCUUGGUUCGAGAAAGUUGUGGCGGGAAAGCGUCUUCUUCUGUGGAAACACCUUCUUGAGCAGAACAAUUUCGAUGACAUGCAAGUUUGCGAUUUCAUGAUGUCGGGCGUCCCGAUUGUCGGGCAGUCAGCCUGCCCUCAGCCUUUCAGCAGAAAGAUUGUGCCGGCUACCAUGACGGAGCAGGAUCUCAAGGGUACCGCUUCGUUUCGCCGGAAGGUCAUGACUGGAUCCAGUGGCAUGCAAGCAGCCGAUCUACAAGACUUGCUGUCGAAGGCUACGUUGGACGAAGUCGAUCUGGGCUUCCUGGAAGGCCCAUACACCGAGAGCCAAGUGUCUGCUUUCUUCCACUCUGACGAUUGGAACUGCAUACGAAGAUUCCUGAUCCUUCAAGGAGCCGAGAACAAACCUAGACCCAUAGAUGACGGGCAUGAGGCUUUGAUCAACAAUUGCUUCACGGCCACCAUAAAAUUGGAGCUCCAGAACUCUGACUUUGUGGCGGCUCUAGCGGCAAGGAUUGCCAUCGAAGAGGCUGAGAGAUCUCGCGCUACAGGCGAGCCCCCAAGGUCGUGGCUGGGCAAGUGCCUCGAUUUAUCGAAGGCGUACAAGCAGAUGCCAAUGAAGAAGGAGCACCGCUCUCUCGCUGUGAUCUACCACAAGGGCCCUGCAGGCGAGGAUCAAUUCUUCAUUGCAAAUUCGCUGCUCUUCGGACUCACUGCUUCGGUUUACGGGUUCGUGCGCACGAGCAGAAGCCUUCACAAACUGCUGCUUAAGAUUUUCAAGUUGCCCAGCUCAGUGUACUUUGAUGACUUUCCGAUGUUUUCGACAUCGCUUUCUUCCAGUGACACUGACGGCAUCAUCAGCGAAUUCUUGGACAUUCUGGGCUGGGGCCAUGCCAAGACAGGCAGCAAAUCACACCCCUUUGCGGAAGUUUUCUCCGUUUUGGGAAUGCAGGUCGACUUGAGCAACUUGUCGAAGAGAAGCAUCGUCCUAUCGAACAAACCUGGCAGGAUCGAUAGGAUCGUGGAGAAGCUUGAAUCCGUGACUGCUUCGGGUGUCCUUACGAUUCAUCAGGCUCAGAUUCUGCUGGGCUUGCUCAACUUCUCAUCGGGUUUCUUUGCCGGUCGUGCCCUCAAGCAAUCUUGCAAAUGGCUAUCUGGUUUUCUGGCUGGAGACAGGCCUUCGCCAAAGACCGUCAGCGAGAUGUGCAGGCACACGGUCAAGAUUCUUUUGAGCACGCCGCCCCGCUUCAUAAGCUGCGAUUCGACUGGAGAGCCUCCUAUCCUGAUAUGGACUGAUGGAGCUUGGGAGCCUGCCAAGGCCUUCGCCGGGAUCGGUGCAGUAAUUCUUGAUGCGAGCAGCGGCGUAUCUAGAGUUUUCCAAGGUCAGGUUCCAGAGCGCCUCGUGGUUCGCUGGCGUGAGGAGGUCGGGGAGCAAAUCAUCUGCGAGGUAGAGCUUUAUGCUCUCCUGAUGAUCAGGGCCGGCCUUCAGAAUUUUCUUUCAGGAAGACGAAUCAUUUUCUUCAUUGACAACGAUGCCGCCAGAUCUGUGGUGCUGCGCGGUCAAAGCAGAAGCGAAGCGAUGCAUCGCUUGGCCAUGGCUUUGUCCAUGGUCGAUGCCGUCGCCCCUUGCGUAUCGUGGAUAGAGAGAGUGCCAUCAUCUUCGAACAUCGCGGAUUGGCCCUCCAGGGGCGAAGGUUGGAAAGCUCAGAAGGUCGUUCGUGCAGUGAAGGUGGAGCCUUACUUCUUCGAUCAAUCUUUGAUUGAUGCUUACCUGCUCUGA